UGCCUUUGUUGUCCUUACCCUUCUACUCUGCCCACGCAUGUCGUUCUAGCUGUAACGACAAAGUUUCUCUAUCUACCCCAUCCCUGAUCAUCUGGUCUGUACAAGAAACCUCCUGUCUUUAUAGUGGGCCAGUCGACUCGGAUCGAUCUCGGGGUGGUGAAACAUCUCUCAUCGAGUCAGAGUCCCCCUUACAGACUGCAUUCUAGCCGCUAUGGACCAUGACGAUGAAAGGACGCUGGAGGAUGACCAGUGGCAGAUUAUUGACGGUGACGGCUGGUGGAGGACCUCGUAUACGUCAGUCUCCUGGACGUCUUCCCUUACGACAACCAAGAAGGUCGCAGUCCUCCCACGACUGACUGUCGACGACUCGCCAGCUACCGUCCAUAAAGACACAGAUCUGUCCCUCAAUUGUUCUCUGCCUGGUGUCCGGGCUGCUCUCGGCGCUCUCGACCGGUACGAGGCAGAUGUUGGUUUUCACUUCUCGCAGAGCAGCACGGCGGCGUCAGUAUCUGAUCCAUGUGAUGGUAUGAACAAGGGACGAUGGAAUGAGCUCAUUGUAGAUCUUUUUGGAGACAUCCCAACAUCUGCCUCGUCAUCUUCCGCCUCAUCCCGUGGGAGUCCAUCACCAUGUCCAUCAUCGUCCACCUCAUCCACUUCCGCACCAAAUACUCCCGCGAGCAAGCUGAACGCUUCGGCUAACUCGUUCGUCCCUACCUUUGUCUGCCCCGUUCCUUCACAGAACCACAAGAUCAAGAUCACCAAGGACGAACAGGGCUUCUAUAUGGGGGUGGAUGAGGAGGAUGAAAGGGACGAAAUAGAGGAAGAGAUUCGGAAUAUCAUCGGAUCUUGCGAAGAGAAGGCUCACCGUGUCUUUGCGCCUUUCGCUCCAGACGAGCGCAAGUCGCCGGACUCUGACGACGAUGCGUUCGUCGUCAAAAUGCCUAAGCGCCGGCUACUAGAGGAUGAUGAGGGCUGGAUUGGCUUCGGGGACAAGGACAAGGUGCAGAGGAAGAAGGAUCUCUUUGAUGCUCUUACACGCCGGUGUCGCUCUGCGGUACCGGACAAGGUGUCGACAACUGAAGGGUGGAUUGAACCUAAGCGUCAAUCCUCUGCAGGGCCCACAGUGAUAUCGUCUGGCUGGAUAGAGCCGGGGAGCGCUAAUCCGCCCCGAGAUCCCAAGCCGCCUGCGAAGAAUCCUUCCAAGCAGGGGCAGGGCAAGAAGCUGAGCGCGUGGAGCAAGACACAUAAGCGGGGCAGAUCGUCGGUCUCCUCAUACUCAUCGACGUCCUCUCGAUCGUCUUCCUUUCAUACGCCUCUAUACCCACAUCCUUCCCGGCCUGGCUACCCUUACCCUAUGUAUAAUCCCCCAGUUUACGCGUAUUCACCGAUACGGCCGUAUUUCUACGGACCGAAUCCGGGGUACUUUCAACCUAUGAUGAAUUAUCGCGCUAUGGCUGGGACGCGCAUGUGGUGAUCGAUUUUGCAUUUCAUUCUUAUUCGCAUCAUGCAUAUAUACAUAUCAUCACAGACCUGCAUUUUUAUGACCAUUGAUCUUUGUUUUUGUGCUAUUUUGUUUUGUUCCUUUCUUGUGAUUACUAAGAAAUAUGCGAAGACCCAUCCUUGUUCUAGUGCAUUGAUGUAUUUUGUACCAGUAAUAGUAUCGACCAUGAAAUGAUUGCUGUUAUGUGUAAA